AUGGCCCCAGUAGGGCUACCCGGCAUCACUACAGAUGAACAGCUCCGUCAGGUGUCUCGAUCAAUCUCGAGAAGCUUCACAUCGUUACCCACCACAGUACAGGAACGUGGUAUACCUGAAGAUAUUUACGCAGCCAUACAUAAGAACACACCUCUCUUACCUCGAGCGAUACAACAUAUCUCAGACUUGCUCUCUCGAUCAACAGCACCAAUCACCGCUUCUAUUUCUCUUUCGAAACGACAGGCUCAAAUACUUGCCAUACCGACCACGUACGCGGGCUUGAAUGAUGGACCCGCGCCCGGCGCAGUUGCCGGAAUUGUCAUCGGAGCAGUGGGUGGCUUCCUUCUCGUUCUCUGGCUGCUCUAUACAUGCUUCAACAUGAAUGGCGGCGGUGGCGGCACCGAGGUGGUCGAGGAAGAGAUCAUUCGCCGCCGGUCAAGAAGUCCGAGGCGAAGUCGAAGUCACAGCGAGACCAUCGAGAUAACAAAGUCGCGAAGUCCUCCGCCGCGUCGGGAGAGAAUUGUGGUGGAGGAGACUCGACGGGUGAGCAGGCCGCCUGAACCGGAACCCGAAGAUCCUAUUGACGACAUUGUCGAAGUGAUUGAGGAACAUAGUGUUAGUACACCUCCACAGUCAAGAAGGCCGAGCAAGCGACAUAGUGGAUUCAGAACCGUCGAUCCUGCUGAAUUUGGUGGAGGAGGAAGGCCGAUGCGGAAGGUCAGGUGA